CACAUCUCGCCACCCUCCCUGCUUUUGUCCUGUGGUGCUGCUCCCCACCACCAUCCAUCCAUGUGGCAUGGCAUCUCGGCCUGCCUCUUGCCCCUUUGUAUAAAAGGAUCCUCCUCUCUCUCUCUCUCUCUCUCUCUCCCAACGCAAUCCGCCCUCUUCUUGCUUGUGCCCCGUGCAGAGAGAGUUCUUCCCUGGGGCUUUCUUCCAUUUCUUCCCAUGGCCGUGCAAGCGCGUUACGCUGCCGGGUGCUUCCCCCGCGUCGUUGAUGCGGGUUACGAUGUCGACGCCGCGUUCCUGUCCGCGGUGGCGAACAACAACAACGGCUACAACCACUGCGCCGCAGCCAUGGCCAGCGGCGGCGCGCAGAGCGAGCUGACGUGCCACAACGGCGCCGGCAACGGCGUGGCGCGGAAGCGCGGCAGGGGGGAGGUGGAGGAGCAGUACGUGUCGUCGUCGUCCGCCCUGCUGCCGAUCCCUGGCAUGGUCAAGGCCGUGGCGCCUGCGCCCGCCAUGGCGUUCCGGUCGGCGGAGUCCGCGAUGACAUCAACCAGCGGCCGCCGCCCGGCUUCGGCCGCAUCGUCGUUCGCCACGGACGAGCUCGUGUCGGAGCUGUUGCGGCAGAACGCGGAGAUCGACGCGACGGUGCGUGCGGAGCUGGAGCGGAUGCGCGCCGGGCUGGAGCAGGCGCGGAAGCGGCAGUGCCUGUCGCUGGUGCGCGCGGCGUCCGCGUCCGCGGCGCGGCGGCUGAGGGAGAAGGAAGCCGAGCUAGAGGCCGCCCGCCGGCGCGCCGCGGAGCUGGAGUCGUGCCUUCGGCAGGCGGCCGCCGAGAGCCAGGCGUGGUGCGGCCUCGCGCGCAGCAACGAGGCCGUCGCGGCCGGGCUCCGUUCGACGCUCGACCACCUGCUCCUCCGCGGCGCCGCCGCCCCGGCCCCCGCCGAGGGCUUCGGCGAAUCGGACUUCAACUCCCCCGCCGGAGCCGAGGACGACGCUCAGUCCUGCUGCUUCGCGGCGCCCAAGGAGGACGCUGGCGUCUGCUCCAAGUGGGCGUGCAAGUCGUGCGGCCAGGGCGAGGCGUCGGUGCUUCUGCUCCCUUGCCGGCACCUCUGCCUUUGCAAGGCGUGCGAGCCCAGGCUGGACGCCUGCCCUGUCUGCCUCGCCACCAAGAACGCCUCCGUCCACAUCGCCAUGGACUGAUCGGAUCAGUCCCCACCCUUCGCCAAGUGCAAUGUCACAUGGCGUUUUUUUUAUCCGUCGCCCCCCCUGAUAAAUUAGCCAAUUAGGUUUAGACUAAUCGGUCGUGUUCGUUUCGUUGUUUCCGGGAGAACAGGUAGGGAUGUAGUAGGACAUGGUAAUUUCCACUGGCGUUUUGGUAAAAUUAUCGCUCAGUGGAACAUUAGUGCGAUCUCUCACCCCUGUCCUCUUUUUGGUUUGGGUAAGUAAAGGAACAGAGACAGUAGACUUCUCAAUGCAAAAGAUAUUCAGCUUUUGGUUCUUUUUUGUUUA